AUGCCACGUCGCCGGGCUUCGGGGCAGACCGAUAGCAACCGAAUCAAACAGAGGGUCCGCACCGGCUGCAAGACCUGUCGCACGCGGCGAGUCAAGUGCGACGAAACUAAGCCGCAAUGCCGGAACUGCUUGCAACGGGGCCUUGCUUGCGACAAUAGCGUUCAGCUCAAAUGGGAGCAGGAAUUUGCGGACCGCGGUCUCGCCUUUGGUCGGGAAGGCAGAUGGAGCAAAAGCCAAAAACCGCAGUCUGAGGCUUCGUAUACGAAUGCUGAGCCUGCGUCUGUCGUAGAAAGAUGCAGUUUCCCAUUUAUUCAGGUUCAUCUUUUUAUCAAUUUCGGUUACUGGGAUUUUGAUAACCGGUUUGAAGCUGGCCGAGAAUGCGGAGACAUGUUGGAUGUUGAAGGUACAAGCGAAGAAUGCGAAAGCGCUCAAGUGGUGACUUGGCCAAUCUCUCCGACUCCGUGUGCAUAUCCUAGUCUCGCCAACAUUGAUUCCCAUCUCCUCGACUAUUUUCUUAUUCGCCUUUGUCCUCUAACAACGUCAUCGCGCCUAACACCCUCCCCUUUCGCUCAACUCGUUAUUCCUCUAUUCAGCAUUCCUGGCCAGGAUGAUAUCCUCCGGGCGGUAUUGGCCUUGUCGGCUCGCCACAGAUGUAUCGGUGACCUGCAAUGGUCUCGCUCUGCCAUGAACCUGAAAGGAGAAGUGAUCACUUCUCUCCGCAAAAGAUUGCUCUCUGCGGAGACCCCAGAGUCAGACUCCUCAUGGGACCCUCAAAUACUGGUGAUAAUGAUGUUCCUAUGCCUGUAUGAGAUAGUUGAUAACUGUGAUCAUCGCUGGGUAAUACAUCUGCGGGCCAGUAAAGAAAUCAUUCAACGGAGCAGACAACUCAAAGCGACACAUUUUGGCAAAGAUUUUGGGGGGUUGACAGCCUUCACAGAACGUUUUUUUGCGUUCCAAGAUGUGAUCAGCCGGACUGCUUGCGGCAACUCAGCAUUGUUUGGAGUAGAAUACUGGGCUGAUGCUGAUCAGCCUGGUCACAUCGACUCAUGGAUGGGAUGCAGUCCGGAUCUGGUGAGCAUACUGUGCCGUAUUGCUGAAGUAAGCAGGCUGAAAACAGGGGACGAUAUUUCCGCCGACUUCCUGGAGAGAGAAUCUGCGGAGUUAGAGCAGCGGCUAGAAGCUAUGCAAGUGCGGACUGACGACAGAAGCUCGGAUGAUGAUGCACUACUUUUGGCGGCAGAGCUCAAGCGGAAAUCUGUGCUUCUUUACCAUCACUGCGUUUUAUACGACGCGUGCCCUUCAACGCCCUUCGUUUGUCAACUGAAAAGAGAUAUUCUAGAAGGGAUUUGUGAGUUGGUCGAAGCAGGCCUCGCCGCCGGGUUAGCAUUUCCUAUUUUCGUCGCUGCAGUAGAGCUUCAUCCGACGGAUGAUCAGGAAUUCCUAGACAAGAGAACUGGAGAGCUUGUAUGCGGCAGAAGAUUAGUAUUGGAAACUCUAGAGGUCAUGGCAAAGUUAUCCCUUUCAAAUAUAUCACGAACAAGAGCAGUCAUUCAGAAGGUUUGGCGCAUGCGGGACAUGGCGCUGGAGGACUGCCAUUCCCUAUCUCUAAGGACAGGUGUCAAUGACUGGAGCAUAUUUGUUGGUCCAUAUAGUGCGAAUAUAAGCCUGUCAUAG